AUGUCUAAGCAGCCGUGUAAAACUGGGACGGUGACUCCCUAUGGUCCAGAUCCAGAAGCGUGCAUAAUCCUGUGCAUGAAGGAGAUGUUAUCCAGCGGAGACCUGAGUGAUGUGCGCUUCACCGUGGGACGCCAGCUCGGUCAAGCGCGGAUUUUCUCGGCUCACAAGGUCAUCCUGGCGGCUCGCAGUUCCGUAUUCCGCACGAUGCUCUAUGGUAGCCUACCAGAGAAAUGCGACGCUCUCAUCGACAUCCCCGAUAUCCAGCCAGACGCAUUCGCCAAUCUGUUUAGCUUCGUGUACACCGAUGCAGUGGAUUCUCUAAGUUUGGAAAACGUUUUUGCGACAAUGGGUUGCGCUGACAAGUACGAUGUGCCACGGUUGGCUGAGAUCUGCGCGGACUUCGUUGUCAGCCAGUUGAAUCCCAACAAUUGCCUGGUCAUUCUGGAACAGGCACUUUAUUUUGACGAUACGGUGCAGAAAUGCCUGGAUAUCAUGGAUAGUUGGAGUGAGGCGAUAAUGCGAUCAGAGCACUUCAUGGGCAUCGGCCAGGAGACGCUGCAGAUGAUUCUGCAGCGUGACACAUUGUCGGUUGAAGAGAACGAGAUCUACGUGGGUGUUGAAAGCUGGGCAACGGCGGCCUGUUCUCGUAAUGGUAUGGACCCAUCGGCCGCCAACCGGCGCCAGAUGCUCGGCUCCGCUUUAUUUCUGGUGCGAUUUCCACUGAUGACCUGUUCCCAGUUGGCUGACGGUCCUGGCACGAGUGGUCUCUUGAGUGAUGCGGAGCUCUGCAGCCUCUUCAUGUAUGGGAAUGGCAAAGAGAAGCCGCCCUUGCCGUUUUCUACGCAGCGUCGAACCGGAAGCAGUAAGGUGGAUAGCAAUGCUGGUUCGGGUCCUUCAACCUUUCAGUUUGGAAAAUACGAAAACGCGGAUGAUUAA